AUGGAUGACUCUAUAGGACUUUUACACCCACAAGUACUUCUUCUUUCUGGAGGUCUGGUGUCAUGUGUGCUUCUUGGCUUGAGAGUGUACCACCGGUACAUUAAGCGAGUGUCCACGUAUCUUGAACUUACGCCCCGAAUGCUUCAGAAUGGUCACAAGAUGUAUGGACGGGUUACUCGAGUUGGAGAUGGAGAUAACUUCAGAUUCUUUCAUACUCCAGGAGGCAUUAAAGGUGGUUGGGGUUGGCUACGUAAGGUACCUGCCUUGCCUAAAGAACUUAAAGACCAGACUUUGCUGAUUAGACUAUGUGGUAUAGAUGCACCGGAAAGAGCUCAUUUCGGUAAUAAAGCUCAACCUUAUAGUGAAGAAGCAUUGAACUGGUUGAAGAACUACAUACUCCAACGGAACGUUCGAAUCACUCCAUAUUCCAUAGAUCAAUAUAAAAGAGUAGUGGCCAGAUGUCAAGUGUGGACUUGGACAGGCUUAAGAGAUGUUAGUGCAGAAAUGGUUAGAAAUGGCAUGGCAGUGGUUUAUGAAAGUAAGGCCACAGCUGAAUUUGGAGAUAGUGAGUUGAAAUAUAGAACGUUAGAAGCUAAAGCCAAACGUCAAGGGAAGGGGUUAUGGUCUUUAGGAAAUAAGUUGGUAACCCCAGGUGAAUAUAAGAGAGAAACAAAAUAG